UGUGAGUAGUUUGCACUUUGAAUACAGUUUCUGUUUAUUUAACUUGUUAAGCCACUGCAAGAUGGAGAAGACAGGUAUCAAAGACAAGGAAAAGGUAAAUGGUGACAACGAUGCAGCCCAACAGAGUGGAUCUCCAGUGCAGGGCACAGAACAAAAACCUGGAGCUGAAAGAGCAACCUGGAGCAAGCAGCUUGAGUUCACACUAGCAGGGAUUGGCUGUGCUGUUGGACUAGGCAAUGUGUGGCGAUUUCCAUAUCUGUGCUACAGGAGUGGAGGAGGUGCCUUUCUAAUUCCAUAUCUCCUAAUGUUGGCUCUAGUUGGAAUCCCACUACUUUACAUGGAACUGACUAUUGGGCAAUACAUUCGGUUUGGUCCUGUACAUGCCAUGGCAAAAGUAUGUCCACUUCUUAAAGGUGUUGGCAUGUCAACCAUGAUGAUGUCAUUCCUGAUGUGCACCUAUUAUAACCUCAUUAUCACCUGGGCCCUGUAUUACCUGUUCAGCUCAUUCCAAAGCCCCCUUCCAUGGCAGAGUUGCAACAACAGCUGGAAUAUUCCAGAAAACUGUUCAGAAUACAUUAGCAACAGUAGCUUUGCUACCACAGCAAGCCAGCAAUUCUUCAAUUACAAGGUUCUUCAAAAAUCAGACUCUAUUGACAAUCUGGGAACUGUUCGCUGGGAGUUGAUCCUUCUGCUACUGCUGGCUUGGAUCCUUAUUUACUUAUGUCUCUUUAAAGGUGUGAGACUGACUGGCAAGAUUGUUUAUUUCACUGCCAUUUUUCCUUACAUCAUACUUCUGGCAUUCCUGAUUAAUAAUGUACAGCUACCUGGAGCCUUGGAAGGGAUUAAGUUUUAUAUUGUACCAGAAUGGGAAAGGCUUACAGAUAUACAGGUGUGGGUCAAUGCAGCUGCCCAGAUCUUUAAUUCCAUUGGAAUUGCUUUUGGUUCCUUGAUGGCUAUGGCCAGCUACAAUCAAUUUAACAAUAAUAUACUGAAAGAUACUUUGGCUAUUUCUCUUAUCAACUCAGCCACCAGUAUCUUUGCAGGGUUUGUAAUUUUCUCUGCAUUCGGGUAUAUGUCUUACAUCCAGAAUGUUCCAGUCACUGAUAUUGCAGUAGAUGGUCCUGCAUUGGUGUUUGUAGUUUACCCACAAGCCUUUUCUACAAUGUCAGUGGCCCCUCUCUGGGCAGUCUUGUUCUUCUUCAUGCUGUUAUGUUUAGGAAUAGACAGUGAGUUUGCCAUGGUGGAGGUGAUGAUAACCAGUCUGAUGGAUGGUAUUGGGAGUUGGCUUUUAAAGUACCUGAAAUACAAGGAGGUCAUCGUGCUGGUUGUGUGCCUUGCAGCCUUCUGCAUGGGAAUCCCCAACAUUACCCAGGGAGGAAUUUAUGUAUUUCAGCUUCUUGAUCACUACAACGCAAUCAUAGCUCUUGUAUUCAUUGCUUUCUUUGAAGUAGUAGCUAUCUGCUGGUUUUAUGGUGUCAAAAGGCUCUCCCAGAAUGUGAUGGAAAUGACAGGGAAGAAGCCCAACAUAUUUUUGCGUGCCUGCUGGCUGAUCAUAUCUCCUGCUUUUGUAAUAGUAAUAUUGAUCUUCAAUAUUAUCAAGUUCUCACCUGCACGAUAUGGGGACUAUGUGUUUCCUGAUUGGGCACAGGGAAUUGGUUGGUUCAUAUUCCUUUUUUCUGUAAUCUGGAUUCCUCUUGGAGCUAUUCAUAGUCUUUGGAUGCUGAAUGGCUCUCUCUGGGAGAGGCUGUGCAAAUCUAUCACUCCAUUUGCACUGGAUGAAGCAUUGCAGAGGAGGCAACAGGAAGAAACUGUAAUGACAAAUCAAUUGCCUGACGGCUCAACGUUGUAUCCAACUCAGAUCACAGACUUUGGAAAAGCAGAUGCGUUUGCAAAUAACAGCACUUAUAUGUAACUUGUUCAGACUGUACUUUGUCAGAAAUGUGCUGGUCAAGUUGUCAUGUAAAGACUUAUGUCAUCUAACAGCAAUGCAUGCACUCCCAUUUUACCAGAAAUAAACUAAUUCUGAGUUACUGCUUUGGGUUAAUGUGGAAGUGCGACAAAUUGUA